CGGCGCCGGGAGCCGCGACCCGCGGGACCCGGAGCAGCGCACCAUGGCCGCGCCCGCGCCGCUGCGCGACUGCCAGGUUUGAAGGACUCCUUGGAAUAAGGCCCUGGUGUUCCUUCCUUGUCGUGUGCAGGCGUGGAAGGACGCUGGGCUCCCACUCUCCACCCCAAGCAACGAAGCCUGCAAGCUGUUUGACGCCACCCUGACCCAGUAUGUGAAGUGGACCAAUGACAAGAGUCUCGGGGGCAUUGAGGGCUGCCUGUCAAAGCUCAAAGCAGCAGAUCCGACCUUCGCGAUGGGCCACGCCAUCUCCAACGGCCUGGUGCUGAUUGGCACUGGAAGCUCCGUGAGGCUGGACAAAGAGCUGGACCUGGCUGUGAAGACGAUGGUGAAGAUUUCGAAAACGCAGCCACUGACGCGGCGGGAGCAGCUGCACGUGUCUGCGGUAGAGACCUUUGCCGAGGGGAACUUUCCGAAAGCCUGUGAACUGUGGGAACAGAUUCUCCGGGACCACCCGACAGACAUGUUGGCCCUGAAAUUCUCCCACGAUGCCUACUUUUACCUGGGCUACCAGGAGCAGAUGCGCGAUUCUGUUGCUCGAAUCUACCCCUUCUGGACACCUGACGUCCCCCUUAGCAGCUAUGUGAAAGGCAUCUAUUCUUUUGGAUUGAUGGAAACCAACUUCUACGAUCAGGCAGAAAAACUCGCCAAAGAGGCCUUGGCCAUUACCCCGACAGACGCGUGGUCGGUGCACACCGUCGCCCACAUCCACGAGAUGAAGGCAGAGCUCAAGGAGGGGCUGGAGUUCAUGCAGCGCUCAGAGAACCACUGGAAGGACUCUGACAUGCUUGCUUGUCACAAUUAUUGGCACUGGGCUUUAUAUCUGAUUGAAAAGGGCGAAUACGAGGCUGCGCUGACUGUUUACGACAAUCAUAUCCUGCCCAGCUUGCGGGCCAGCGGUGCGAUGCUGGAUGUGGUGGACAGCUGCUCCAUGCUCUACCGCCUCCAGAUGGAAGGGGUGUCUGUGGGCCAGCGGUGGCAAGAGGUCCUGCCCGUGACCCGGAAGCACAGCCGAGACCACGUCCUGCUGUUCAACGACGCCCACUUCCUGAUGGCGUCCCUGGGUGCACGGGAUCCGCAGACCACGCAGGAGCUGCUGACCACCCUGCGAGACGCCAGCGAAUCCCCAGGGGAGAACUGUCAGCACCUCCUGGCCCGAGACGUGGGGCUGCCCCUGUGCCAGGCCCUGGUGGAGGCUGAGGACGGGAACCCCGACCGCGUCGUGGAACUGCUCCUGCCCAUCCGCUACCGGAUCGUCCAGAUUGGAGGUAGCAACGCCCAGAGAGAUGUCUUCAACCAGUUGCUGAUUCACGCGGCCUUAAACUGCACCUCCAGCGUCCAUAAGAACGUGGCCCGGAGCCUGCUGAUGGAGCGGGACGCCUUGAAGCCUAACUCACCCCUGACUGAGCGGCUCAUCCGCAAGGCGGCCACCGUCCACCUCAUGCAAUGAGCCGGCCCGGCUGUGGCCUCCCCAGUCUGGCUGCUGCACCGGGCUAGGGGCAGGAAACAGCCAGAGCCUGUUGGUGAGGCUUUUAGAGGGAGGUCUUCAGCCUUAAGCAGAAAGCCCUGAAAACCAGCAGUUUUAUGGGGGCAGGGGGCACAAAUUCAUUUUAAAUAUGAUUCAGGAUCUUCCAGUCCUUGUUGGGGGCCAAUGUGCAUUUUUAAGCAGUCAGAGCCAGUGGAGGUGUUGUCUUUCCACUUAGCUUGCAAACUCUUUUCCCAGGGACACUUCUACUUCCUGUUUUUCGGGGGUUGGAGGGCAGGGCAGGGCUGGGGCAGACCCAGCUGGAGGAGGAUCUUCCAGACAAGGUCGAGGCGGCCUCCCCCACCAGGAUGUCCCCUCCCCCACCAGGCUGCCCUUGAGAUAAGCCCUUUCAUUUAGUUUCUUUAUAUUCUAGACAGGUUCUGUCGUCCCAUCUUUCAGCUGAGGGUACCAAUGUUGGGGGAGUGACUUGUCCAGGGUCACGGCUGGUGGAGGCCCCGCCUUGCUGCCCCCACUGCCCUCCUUACAGAUGAACAGGCACUUGGGGCUGCCCCUUCUGCUGUCUCUGAGGGAAGUCUUCGAGCCUCCCGGGGGGCUUUGGUGGUGCUGGCUUGGACUUGUUUCUCUUUUUAAACUGCACACCAUAACGAAGCCUCAGGUAUACGCUUUGGUCAACUUUGAUUUUAAUCACAUGAAUGUAUGUACAUUUCUGGGGUGUGAGGAUUGAGCUCAGGGCUGCUCUGCUGUGGCAAAAACCAAAGUACUGUGACAUGUGGCUGUAACAGGAUUUGAGCUGGUCUUAUGAA